CCCCAUCACGGUGUCUAUGGUGUUUAUCUAUAGAGAAGAUCGUGUGUGACUGUAUCUAUCAUAACUGAUGCCAGCUGACGACGACUAGUAGUGGGGGGCCAGCCAGACCUACUAAAGUUGUUGUCGGUCAGCGCAGUGAACUCCUUCAGUUCGGUUUCGUUACCGAAGCGUAGGCUGUUCGUUUGGUUCAUGAGUCGCCUGUUCGUCCGCAGGUAAACGACGUUUGCUGUCAAUGAUGGUUCGGUCAGGCUGACGACGGCGACUGAGCUGUCUGCAGCGGUGUUGUCCAUCGACGUAUUCGUGUUGCCACUGCUGCUGGUGAUGUUCUCUUCUCGUUCCGUUGUUAGUGGUGGUUAAACGUGUGCUUUUCUACUCUUACAAUUUUUUUAGCGGCGUAUCAUUUCACUGCGUUUAGAAUAUAGACUGUAAGUAAUCGGCUGCUAUCGGUAGCCACUGGAGCAGUAUCAUUGACUGUUCCGGUACAAUGGAAUUAGAGUUCUGGUUCGAUUCUCGUCCCGAAUAGAGUAGGAUAAGGAAGGUGGGCCCAGUGGUCGUGUGGCUUAUACCGGGAAAACAGGAUUUCAAAAAGGGGCCACUGGUGUCAAUAACAACGGGACAAGAAACCCUAACUUAUAACGAUAUUCUUUCGCGGUAAAAGGUAGUAGAUUGCCACCGGCGCCAGUAUACACAAAAAGACAGGAUGACAGAUGAAACUGAGCUUCUACGUGAAGAGGUGGAGCGCCUCACCCGCGAGCUCGAUGAGGUCAGCCAUCAGAAGGAUCAGAGUGCGAGGUUUGGCCUGGUGCUUCUUGAUGAAAAGGCCGCUCUUGGUCGCCGGUGUGAGGAACUCGAGUCGCACUAUGAGGUUGCACAAAACGAGCUCGACAUACUCCGAGAGGCACUACGGAAAGUGGAAACAUCCCAAAGACUUUCUGCAACAACCGGUAUAGAACAAGAAGAUUCCCUUUUGCAGGAGUCUGCCCAGAAGGAGGCCUCGCUGACUUCGAGUCUUCAAGAACUUGAAAAGGAGCUUAAGUCAGUGAGACAGGAGCUGGGUAGGGUCACCGCGGAGAGGGACCGUGUUCUGGCGGACAGCGUUGAAAUCAAAGAAAGUUACAGUAAAAGUGAUUGGGAAAGGAAAAACUUGCGCUCGGAAUUGAAGGAUGUAAAACUGCGCGAACAGCGAUUGCUCUGUGACAACAACGAGCUUGAAGAGGAAAAUAUUGGCCUACAAAAGCAGGUUUCUGUGUUGAAACAAAGCCAAGUUGAAUUUGAAGUGUUCAAACAUGAAGCGAGAAGGCUCGCUGAAGAAGUUGAGUCGCUGCAGGGCCAAACCGAGGAACUACACACACUCAAAGGUCUCGCUGAGAAACAACUUGAAGAAGCCCUUGAAGCGCUACAAAGUGAGCGCGAACAGAAGUAUACCCUCAAGAAGGAGUUGGAUCAACGCGAACAGGCUGCUGCGCAUUCCGGAAACCUUGCAGGAUUGCGGCUUGAUCUAGCAGAAGGUGCGACCGAUGACAAGAUUCGACCAUCUACUGUCGGUGACCUAUUCAGCGAAUUACAUCUGACUGAGAUUCGGAAGCUGGAAAAGCAACUCGAGACUAUCGAGCUGGAAAAAGAGUCGCUAGCAAAGACGCUUGAUGACGCCAAGCUUGAGCUAGAACAAAGUCGAUCCGAACUCGAAGAAAAGCAAAGCAAACUUUUGUCUUUUGGUCAGCGCAUUGAUGCUAUCGUUAUGCAAGCGGAGAAUGAAGCCAACGCGAAAUCGGCAGGUCUGCUGUCCACAUUGAAACGGGUUCAAAAUGACCUGUCAAGUUCGGACGGAGCUGCUAGCACCGAAGGAGGCGAGAAUGUGCUAUUUAAAGAUCAAGUCGCCAACCUCAUGAACAAGAUCUCGACGUACGAGCAGCAGAUCUCUGAUCUUGAUGAGGACUUGAAAAUCUUGGAAAAUAUUGGAGAUACUUUCCUGACCAAUAUUGUCUCCGCUCUUGAGGACAUUGCAUCUGUUCAGGAGGAUGUCGCUCAGUUGUAUCAUCACGUGUGCACACUUAAUGGGCAGACGCCGAACCGAGUCGUUCUGGACCACGCAAAGGGAGAGCAAAAAGAAGGUCACAAGAGUCGGGUUGAGGUACUUGCUGAUAACCUACAAACAAAUAACUGUCGGCAGUUGGCCUUUAAACGUGUGGAUCCUAGCCAAGUCAAAGCACAAGUAGAAACCUUGAAGGAUCAGGUGAAGUUUCUCAAAGAAGCCGUCGAAAGCGCACUGGGUAAUCCGCAUAAGCUUAUAGGAGCAGGUGGCGUCAACUCGGGCUCCACCUCACUCGAGGAGGGCGACCCACAGGAGCAGAUCAUCAAGCUCAAGUCGCUACUUUCAACUAAACGGGAACAAAUCGCUACGUUACGUGCCGUGCUUAAGGCCAAUAAGCAAACAGCCGAAGUGGCACUGGCCAAUUUGAAGAGCAAGUACGAGACGGAAAAGGCGAUCGUAUCUGAAACGAUGCAGAAGCUGCGGCACGAGCUCAAGAGUCUAAAGGAGGACGCUGCGACUUUCGCAUCGUUGAGGGCGAUGUUCGCCGCCCGCUGCGAAGAAUAUGUCGCACAACUCGACGAACUACAGCGACAACUGGGCGCUGCAGAAGAGGAAAAAAAAACGCUCAACUCGCUGCUCCGUAUGGCCAUCCAACAGAAACUUGCGCUUACCCAGCGACUUGAGGACCUUGAGAUGGAUCGAGAGAGGUCCCACCUCCGCAGGUCUGGGUCAGCUACGGCCUCGCCCCGAGUAGCGCGUAGCACCCCCCGCGGUAGCCCACACCACAGUUCAUUGCCGUUCUUCAACAAUCAACGACAGCAGCCUAGACAGUCGGGGGACUUCUGAGCAGGCUGCGCCGCCUAUUCUAACCACCGAAACCCCCCACAAUAAGUUCUAUAACGUAUAUCUAAUAUACGCAGCACCAGAAUAAAUUACAUGAGUUGGAGGUUCAAAUAGCCUUCAGGCACAACAGCAGGGCAACAACGAUUACAAACAACUGCAGGCAAUUGAGGCAAACUAAGAUCAACAGGGCUUAAUUUGCCUGAAUCAGGUUAGCUAGUACCACAACCCAGAUCGACGUUGAUUACGAUUCAACACUCAAUAGUAUCCUUUUCCGUGCAGUACAUUCUAAAGGAAACAAUUGAGGGUCUCUAAGUGAGAGAAAAAUGAGCACGAUCUGGAGUACCUUUUUGGAAGUAAUCUUGCAUUAUGUGCGUGAAUCCUCUGGAGGACAUUCCUUGGACGUGAACCAGGGAGUCUUUAGGGUGAAUUGAUAAUUAAUCUUUGGGUUAGGUUGCACCUAGAUAAGGAAAUAUGUAAGGAUAAAAUUUGACUCAGAGAAAAAAGAACCAGACACCGCAAGUGAUUUUCGAACACCAGCAACCGUGCACCACCGAUUGCGUAGAUGACAGCGAACAGCAUGAAACCCUCUGAAUCAAUGAAAAAACAGAAACUAACCUGCGUUUACCAGAAACUACAGAAUAUAUAUGGUUAUAAAAAGUAUUACUAACUAUACGAAAAGGUUGCAUUGUAACCGUGCGAACAAACAAGCCAAAUGGAAGCUCUGCGAUCGCGACUUCAGCCCAUCGUCUGUUCUCCGUUAAUGAAGAGACUUCGUUGACCAUCUCGCAUCCAAUUCCUUACGCGAAUGGGUUCACCGAUCUGUUAUCGAAAUGGGGAACUCUUUGACGCGGACGUUCCUAUGCGCCAUUAUACAAUAUUUUGUAGAUUUUAGUUUGGUAUUUAUUUAUUGAUCGGAUGUGGUCAUCAUUACGUUGGCAGAUCUGGUGUUGACUGCCGCAAUAGUGAGAUACUUAACAGUUUAUUGUUGGCUAACAAUCGGAAUGGACCUUAACUAAGAUAACAAGAUACCUACAUCUACAUCUGUGUGACAUUAAUGCUUUUGUUGCCCCUUCUGUCACGCUUUCCUUCUCCCAAAGUAAGAAUCACCGGUUAUUGGUGCCCUUUUGUAUUUUGAUUAUCAAAUCUUAUUGGUGCUGUUUUAUAUUUAUUAUAACCAGCAAAACGCUGUUAGCGUAUACGUUUACAUGACAUAGAAGCAAGAAAAAGUUAUUAGCAUUCCAAGCAGAGCUUGAGGUAAUUUAUUACCUAAGUUCUAUUAGGGGAUAUUUAUUUGGCAAUCCCGUCUUCAUUGUUUGUGUUCUGUAAGCGUAUGGCGUAACUUAGAUUGUACUUAGAUUAGAGUUCCAGAUUGUAGCUCUGUGUUAAUUCAGACUGAAGCGUCCAGAUCCAAUAAUUAAUAUUCUAAAGAUCUUGGGUUGGAUUACAAGGUUACAAUAUCCGUUUGUAAAAGAAGGAUACUUUAUUUAUAAAACAAACGAACGCUAAUUGUGCAAACUUGAGUAAGAUCUAAUUUAGCAGUAAUUGAACCAAUAAAUAGUAUAGCACGAUAAUGUACGGCAACCUUUGUACAGCAAUGUCCUAAUUUUAUAAUACCCUAUUUCCAAAUAGACAUUUCCUGAUAUCCAAUAGUUUAGGUGUUUACUGCAACCGAUCUUAUUGAUGUACUUAAUUAAUUGAAUGAAACUGCUAGAUGCUUUUGCUAUUCUAAUCUUAGCAGCAGCACUUAAAACCACGGAGGCUAAUUAGCCUUAAGUCUCUGUUUAUAAUUAUUAUAAAAUAUAUAGGUAGAUAUAAGAAAAACACCAACUACUAGUGGUAAAAUAUAUAUAGAAGAGACAUGACAAAUAUCUGCACAGUAUGAUAUAAUUUAUAGUAAUUAAGUGACAAUUGAUAUUUAUUACUAUUGUAAUAUUAUUACUGCAUCACAGUAAUAAUUAUUACCAUAGUAACUUAAUAAAUGAAAAAAUUGUGUUCCGCGUAGCUUUUGUUGAUGUUUCAGAAAACGACAAAAGCCUGUAACUGUUGUGAUACGAUAAGACGAGUGGCUUACAAUAUUGUCAUUGCUAUAUCGUAACUACUACUAUAAAGAGAUAAAUCAAGAAAACCCCAGGCAGGAAUACCUCGCUCCAAAAUAUUUAUUAAUACUACUAUCAAUAUAAAUAAAAAUUAACGUAACUAAUUUACUAUUGCUUAUGUAAAUAAAUAUGCUUAUGGAGAUGAGCACGCAUGAUGACUAUAUGCUUCGUUUAUCCUUUGAGAAACAUACACUUGCAGUGCAAACUUGCGUCACGUGUCGACAUGAUCAGUGAAUGAGAAACUGAUGAUUGACCAUAUCUUUAUAGACUAGACCACUUAUUACGAGAACGAAGAAAUCUACUUGAGGCGUGAUGGUGGUGGGUUUUGUAUAUUAUAUUAUAUAUAAUGAUAAUAUAUCAAUGAUAAUUGAUGUUCUUAGAGAAAAGGAGACGGUCAUGGUAAUUUUUGAUUAUGGCACAUUACUGAUGAUAACGAUUACUAUUGCUUUGACAUCCAAACAUGAUCGUUAUCAUUAUGAUUAUUACUAGCAUUGUAAUAAUAAAAAUAACGCAAAAGAUAACGAAAAAAUUAUACGGUUACUAACGUUAUUGCAACAGUUCGGUGAAGUUAUCGUAAUAAAUCAAUUGAGAGUAGCUGAUGCGAAGCUGUACCUCUUACCGAUUAUGACGGCAAUGGAUGAAGAUGAUUUGAAUUCGGGGAUUCUCACAACUGCGGUUAUAGAGGCGGGAAAAAGAACGAGAAAGAAAGUAAGAGACACAGAAAAAAGCCAGAGAAAGAGGAAAUAAUCUGGAAUCGGGAUGGAUGAUUGUACACACUUUUUUAGCGAUAAGAAAUAAAACCGUUGAAAGCCCA